CGACGCGUUCAGUAGCCCUCGUGGAUCCGACCCUGUCCGGUUGCCCGCCACUGUCUCGGUUUCUCACCGCGGUCCCGUAAUUAUUCUCUCCGUCGUCGAAACUUACAUCGCAUAAACUCAUACACGCCGAACUUCACUCGAAGUCGUGUGUGUCUUGCGGUUGGGUAGAAAAACGCCCGUCGACGUUUUUUUUCUUUCUCUCGUUUAUUUUAUUUUUUCGUUUUUUUUUUUUAUUAAAUCUGGUAUUUUGGAUUUUCUCUCGCCGAUAUUUUCCUGCUCGACGUCGAUCGUCGAUCGUCGCGGAUAUACGGACGGAAAUCAUUGUUUUCAUUGCCGUCGUCGUCGGACGGUCCGGCUAACUGUUUACGUACGACCAUAAUAUAAUAAUAAUAUAAUAAUAAUAAGAGAACACUCGGUCACCGAUCCGUUUUCGUUUUCACUUCCCCGAUUUUUCGAUCUCCCCUCCUCCACCGAUACCCCCGAAAACCAUUCGGAUCUCGAUCUCCGCGCGAUCAUCAACCGCACCUGCACGCCGCGGUCAUGAACAUGCUGUACCCGAAUCUGCUGUUUUGGAUGUAUGUGGUGCUGACGCUGGCCGAACCGCCGUACAUCAUCCCGUUUAAAGAAUUGGACAAUGCCGAUUUGUAUGUACCAGUUGAUCCUAACAAGAUUCCCAAGUUCUUGAACAAGCCAAGCACAUACCAAGUCGUUACCAAAGAUACAAUUGUUUUACCAUGCGAAGUAUAUAAUCCGGAAAACUUUGUGUUAGCUUGGAAAAAAGGAAUAGCAAUUUUGACAGCUGGUACCACCAAGGUGACCCCAGAAGAACGUAUCCGAAUCGUCGAAGGAUACAACUUGGAGAUCCGAAAUGUUCAAGUCAACGAUGCUGGAAAUUACAUAUGUCAGAUUGGCACACUUGAACCAGUAGAAUUAAAACACACACUGCAAAUACUCAUUCCACCCAGGAUCAUUGGUAUAACAUCAAAUGGAAAAGUGAGUGCAAAAAAAGGGUCAGAUGUGACUCUUCAAUGCAAUUCAACAGGAAACCCACCACCAACAAUAACAUGGUCACGUAAAAACAAUAUGUUACCAAAUGGCGAAAAGACAUUUGUCGGAAACUCUUACACAAUUGACUCUGUACGAAGACAAGCCGAUGGAGUUUACAUCUGUACCGCAUCAAAUAAUAUCGGAACAUCCGUGAAUGAAGAAAUCGAUCUAAAUAUACUAUAUCCUCCGGAAGUUAAAGAAGAACAGUCUAUUGUAUUCACGGUGGAAGGACAAGAAACUGAGAUCGUCUGUAUAGUACACGCAGAGCCCAAAGCUGAUGUUUUGUGGUAUAGAGACACGUUGCAGUUGGACAUGACCGAAUGGCGGAUUACUGACGUCAGAGGCAACCGAUACACUUUACGCUUGAGAAAAGUGCAAAAGACCGAUUUUGGCAAUUAUUCUUGUGUGGCCGAUAAUGGACUUGGCAAAAGCAAACGAUCCAUCGAAGUGACUGGAAGACCAGACGUCGCGAUCAUCACCAGCUCCAAAACAAGCCGUUCGAAAGAUUCGUAUGAAAUGUUGUGGACAGUGAAAAGCUACAGCCCGAUUAUAGAAUACAAAGUGCUAUACCGUCCAGACAGGGCAAACAAGAGCAACCAAGAAAUUCAGUACAAACGUCCCAUGAGAAGAUGGAACGAUGAUUGGACGGAAUUGUUGCUUAACCCUGCAUCCACCGACCAAUUGGAGAAGAGCCGAACUGAAACCAUCCACAACUUGGAUCCCGGCACCAAAUACGAAGCAACCGUUCAAUCCAGAAACCGCUACGGUUGGAGCGAAGUUUCCCAAUCUUUCUACUUCACCACCAGCACAAAGAACGAAGCACACCCAGGCAACUCAGUUUAUUCCGACCCAGAAUUAAGAGACAUGAGCAUCACCGCUAUUAACAAGGCAGCUCUUAAGACCAUCCAGACACCAUUGCUCUGCAUCAUGGCCAUUAUCACCUACUAUUUUGCUUAAAUUCCAAAAAAAGUACCAUUCGUCCCUACCAAUGCCCUCCACAUAUUUCCACGGAUACCUUAGCACCUUCUUCACCGCAACCCAACAUCGAAACAUGGACCACGCCGAAAAUACUUCUUCUAUAUCAUAUACCUAUACUGUCUACUUCAAAAUACAACGCACCACAUUAUGAAUACUUCUCGUCGUUAUAGUAACAAUAUACGCCACUGGCAUGUUGUACUACUGGUCGUUUGAUAUUGUUUUCAAUUCUCAUGUACAUGACUUAUUAAAGGUUAAAACAAUAACAAUUCUACCAUCGCCAUUAUAAUUUACACGUCGCGUCUAUUACACUCCAAGUACGACAUUUCGAUCAGAAGUAGUUUCGAGUAUCAUUCAAACGUCCCCUCUCUAGUAUUACAUUUAUGCUUACCCGCCUAAAAUAACUAAUCAGAAGUUGUUCAUCUAUAUUAUGAGUCGGUAGUUCAACUUGACUCUCUGCAAGUUGAUAACUAUCUUGGUAAGAUCCCCGCGCCCUCGGCGCGCCUGUUAAACUUCAUUUAAAUAUUUGAUAGAUUUAAAAACGGAACAAUACUUACUCUUAUUCUCAAUGGUUUCCAAAUCCUUGUGUUUAUCUUUCCAGAUUCCCUCCAGAUCCAUGUGCGAUUUUAUUUUUACUUGUUCAUACUAAAGGUACUAUUUUACCUAAAUCGCUUAAUUUUUUUUUUCAUUACUAUUAUUUUGUCCGUGACCAAAAUCCUAAGCCAAUAAAACUCAAAUCACGCUAAAGACUGUCUUCUUUAAAUCCUUCACUCAGUGUUGUACUAAAAUGUAUCUUUACAAUAACGAUCGAUACAAAAAUGAUCAUAGUACACCAAUGAACAACAACACAGUUUUCUACGAACGUAUACUAUCAUGGGUUUAGUAGAUGUACGAUAAACUGUAGAGACCAGCAUUAAUACCAGGACGAUAAAAUGUCUAUGAAAAAAACCAUUUAAAAUAAAAUAGCGACAAAAUUCAUAUAAAUAUGUACAAGGAUCACUAGGCGCCUAUUUAUACACUGUGCAAGAAUCCAGCGUUUCAAAAUGGUUAUUACUACAUCCAUUAAAUAAUGAACAAUUUUAAUUAAUUAUAAUGAUACAUGUAUACUACGCCAUCAAUGACAAACAUCCAAUAUUGUGCUUUUAAACGACGCUCCUGAAUAAUUUUGAAUAAGAAAAUUCUGGCAUGCUAGAUGUAUGAAACAAUAUUAUUUUAAUCAACCUAAUAUUAAUUGAAAAUCAAAAUAUGUAUACUCACAAAUUAAUCAAAACCAAAACCCAAUCAUAAUAAACUAGGUACGCUACUAUUAGCCACACAUAUACAUGUACAUAUUAGGUACCUGAUUCUAAUAAUUUACCGUUUUUCCAUCAAUAUUUCAGAAAGCAAUUUGCAAAAUAUUGAAAGGGGUUUUUUUAUGCCAAAAAUUCAGGAUUUUUAAAUGACUCGACAGUCUAUACAUUGAUUAUUGUACGGUUAUACUUUCUGUGUACAUAUAUACAUGAUGCAUUCAUAACAAUAAUUUAAAUACAAUCAUACACAUUUUAUAAUAUGUAGAAUUCCUAUUUUUCAUAAUAAUAAUAAUACACAGUAUAUUUUACUAGUUACUAAACGCUAAUAUGCAUACCUAUAAUAGGUAAUACGUAUAAUUACAAGUUUAGACGUUCACUGGAAAUGAGUAUAAUUAGAUUAGUGCUAUCCUCAACGUUAUCGACGGAUUGAUUAUAUUAUAUUGUAUAUUUGUACAUUAUUUGUAUAUAAAGGUUGUAUUUUUUAAAACUAUGUUGUGCUGACUAUCUGUGACGUUAACUUGUGCGUGUAGUUCAAGAAUCGUUUUCCUAUAGUUUUUCUAUAGUAUUUCAUGAGUACAAAAUAUGAACAUGGGGAUUUUUAAUGAAAUUCGACAAUCCGUGCUUAUGAGUAGGUACUACAUCAAUAGUAUUGAAACACUUGACACAUAUAAAUCAGUUGAAAUAAUAGUGAACGAAAUUUAACCCAAACUAGAUAAUAUUUUAUGUUUAUUUAAUACAAUACAUACUAUCCGGAUAUCAUUUCAAGUAUUUAAAUCACACGAAUAGAUUUAUAAUAAAAUAAGUAAAUUGGUUUUAAUCUAUACACAACUCAGAUAUUACAUAAUAAACAGCCAAUUAUACUCAUGUUAGAUAUUUUGUACUUCGAUUGAGUAAUAUUGUUUCAUCACGAAUAUUGUGGAAAAACUUAAAAAAAAUUUUUAGUUUUAUUCCCCGUGGCACUCCUACUCUGUCUUUUAAAGAUCUUACUUAAAUCAAAAUUAAUUUUUAAUUUUCAAUUAUUAAUUCAUCAUAAAACCAUGUCACUGUUAUUGAUUGCAUUUUAUAAAUAAAAUAAUUAUACGUCAAAUUCUCAAACAAUAGUAAUAUUUAUUUUGCAUUGCAUUCACCAAUUAUAAAUAAAUAAAAUUUUGUUCAAUGUUAGUAAAACCAAGUGUUAAAAAAAUACAGAUUUUCUUAUUGGGCGCUUACGUGUAUGAUAUGUAUCAUUAUCAAUGAAAUGCGAAGUUACGUUGUAACAACCAUUAUUUUUGCGAAAAUAAAAACUUUUAGAUCUUAGUAUUUUAUCCAAAAUACAGAUCGCGAAUUCGUAUAUACAACAACAUGUCUAAACAUGUAUUGUAUUUAUUACUACACUUCAAAAACAUUGAACGAUUUAAAAUCAACAUAAGAAAAUUAAUUUAAGUCAUUAUACUUAAUUUGAUGUUUAGUUAAAAUGUUAAGGUACCUUUUCAAUUGUGUGAACGUCAAAAUAAAAUAUUAAACUCUUCUGACCCAUAACCGAUAAUUAGAGAAUAUGUAAAUGGAUAUACAUUAUACAUUUAGAACUUAACAUUUUGUUUAAACUUAAUAUUUUAAGUCAUUAAGAGUUAAAGUAUUUUAUUAAUAGAUUUUUAUUAUUAUGCAUUUAAUUUUAAUGUCAAUAAAUUUUAAUUAGAAGUACAAAUUAACAGCAAAAAAAGUCGCAUGCGUUUGUUUAUCAAUACAUCCAUAUGCAAUAUCGUUGAAAAAUAAAUUAACGCAAAUAAAAUAGGUACUUAAAUAUGUCGUAUGGUGUUAACAAUGAAAUUAUCAUUAAAAACUUUAAAUGAAAUAUAUAUAUUUAUAAACAAAAGAUAAAUACCUAUAUACAUUUUUAAAUUCUUCAGCUGAACAAAAAAUAAAAAUAAUUUUAAUAAUCUAAAAUAUUACAUAAAUAUAUUACAAAUAAUAUGGCAAAAAAAUUCAUAUCCUGCAUAGCAUUUCAAUCAAUAUUACAAAAAUGUAUUAAAAAAAACAUUAUCAAAAAAAAAAAUCAUUAUUAAAUGAACAAUAAAAUUUAAAAUACUUUAAAUACUGGCUUAAAUAAUAGACCAUGAUCAUGGAGAAAACCAUAAACAAUAUUAUUCAACAAAUGAUUAAUAAAAUUUAAAAUGCGACUACUAUGAACAUUAUAAUUUAUAAUUUUAGUUGAUAAGUUAUUUAUAUUUAAGCUUUAGAAUUAAAAUAUAAAAAUAAAUAAAAAUUUGAUAAUUUGUACAACAUAAUUAUUUAUUUGUCAUACUAUUUUAAAUGUUAAAAAAUUUAUUAAUCUAUUUGUGAAAUUUCAUAAUAUGUGUUUAAAGUUAGACAACAUUAUCGUUUGUAUUCUUAACACCUGUAUUUUGUAGCGUUUAAUUCUUAUUUAUAAUAGAAUAGGUAUAUAUAGUGAUUAUAUAAUUGUGUUAUAAUAAAAAUUUAUUAAUUUUAAUUUUAGUACCUUUUAGGUACUAUGAUAUUAUUAAUUUAAGACAAUUAAAAAAACGUGUCUGUCCAGCAAAUAUUUUGUUUGUAUAAAACUGUAGAAGUCGAUUAGUUUUACAUAGACUGUUUUUAACAACAAAAAAAUUAUAUAUAUAUAUACAUAAUAAUACAUUAUGAAGGAUACCAUCCCAGCUGUACCUAUAUAUAUAUGUAUAAUAUUAUCCCUAAACAUCUUCAAUUACUUGAAAUCAAAAAAACAACAACGGAAUAUCGGUUACGUGUAGAAUAAACUCUGUCAUUUUGAAGGCUGAAAUCGAUUUUAAAAGUACUUGCUAGAUAUUUUUAUAGUAUAUUUUUUUUCUCGACAGUACAGCUUAAUUACGUUUUUCUAUAUAUAUAUAUAGAUCUACAAAAAUAGCGCCUUCGGGAUCUGAAACUGAUUGAAUUCGAUAUAAUGGGUACACGACGAUAAUAUUAUCGUGUCGGGCUAUCAUGUCAAUAACCGUUUUUUAUUUUUCUGGAAAAUGUUAACAUAGUGCGGUUUUCAUCGCGAACAAAUCGAACGCGCGCAGAUGUAUCGAAAGGUAAAACGUUUGAACAUCGAGAUAGCGGGCGGUGGCGACCAUAGUAAUAUAUUAUUAUAAUGUUAUACGUAGGUAGUGUUUUUAUACCGAGCCGGUUUAAACCGCGAAACACGACAGGUGCAAAGGCAAACGCGCAAAAUUUUAAUGUCCGUAUUUAUAAUAUAUUAUCUAUUCCUGUAACGCGUGUUACAUCAGAGCUGUGUCUGACAAGGUGCGAAUACGGAUUUGUCGUGUCGGUCGGACUACGCCGCCGGUUUGGGGUGGUUUGAGAAUUAUUAUGAUUUGACGCACCGCCCGAUAUAACAGUAAAGUGAGUACUUAAAUACGUACGCCGAACGAAUCGAUAUUUUUUUCGGAUAAAAUACCACAAUAUCACAUCGACCGCAUCAUACGAUAGGCGUAUAUUAUAAUAUAAUAUAUUACUUACGUAUUUUGCGUACUACUCGCGUGUGUGUAGGUACGUGUUAUUUUUCCGAAAAACGAUACUAAAUAAAAUUACGGUUUUCCGAUUUUUCGUUUUCGUUUUUUAUUUUAAUCAACGUUUUAAUAAUAUGACAUACCAUUAUUAUAUUUUAUCGUAUUCUCGUCCACACAAGAUUUUCGUUAUCCAAUCGAAUGCGUAUAUGAAAAAAACCGUUCUACUACAACUGUCUGCAGUACGCUCUUCUGUAUUAUACACGAUCACUGAUUAUUUAUAUUAUUAAAAUUAUAUUAUAUAUAUAUACGUAAUAAGAUUUCCUUUUUCUUUUAUUUUUUUUAUAACAUAUUAUAAUAAAAAUCAUUAUCGUGUGUUUAACUAUAAUAUUGAUGUUUAAAGAUAAGAAAAAAAAAUAAAAAAAAAAAACUCAGAUGUACCAAUCGCAUUUAACAUACGCCUAUGUGGUAUACGUGUAUAACCACUUAUGUGUAUUAUAUACCUCGUCUAUACUUUGUUUUAGUUUUCCGACUGCUGUUAGAUGUUCAAUUCAUCCGUUUAUAGACCAUAAGUUUGAAAUAUUACAUGUUUAACGUUUAAAAUAUAACUAUUUACGAAGAUUAUAUACGCUAUAAUACAUACAUCCGAUAUAAUAAUAAUAAUUAUUAUUAAUAAUUGUAUGUUAAAUAUAAUAUUAUUAUUAUACAUUAUUGCAUAUUUUAAAUCGUAUAUUUCUAUUAAGUAUAUAUAUAUAUAUCAUAAAAUUGCACGGAUGAUAGUAAAUACAGAAUUUUUUUAAUAUUGUUAAUUUUUUUUUUUUUUUUAUUUCAUUAUUAUAUAAUAAUCGAUAAUAUUGUUCUUCGCUUCGGACUUCACCCGUCCGUUACGAAAAUUCCGAUAUAUUACCGUUAAACUUUAUAUACAAUAUCUUUAAAAUGUUAUUUCUGUCAUGUUUUUUUUUUUCAUAAGUUACAUCAUUAUUUGUACUUGUUUCUUUUCUUUUUUUUUUUUUUAAAUUCAUGUUUACCUAUUUUCAUUAUUCUAUGUAGAAUAAUAUUCAUAAGCGUGUACAUCGGUGUACGAUUAAUGUGUCCCAGUAAUGGUGGUCAUAACCGCAUGGAACUACUUAACUCAGAGGUCUGUGUGCAAAUAAUAGGUACCUAUCUGCUGUAUAAUACUUAGUGAAAGAUAAAUCGGAAAAAUUACGAUUUUCACCGGUACUGUUUGGCGUGAAAAUUAAAAACUAAAAUAAUGAAAAAAGCUUGCAUUAAGAUAACAUUUCGAAGAUGGGUCUAAUUUAUUUUUGAAAUUUUUGAUUCCCAAGUCCAGCUGAGACAAGUUUGACAA